GUGGGUGUGUCUGCUGGCUGGAUGACAUUUGCAAACUUGCAGCACCAGCAAGAAGAAACUCGAGAAUCAUAUGCUAAUAAUCUAAGAUUCAACGACUUUUGCAGGAUGAUUUGGAGUGUUAACAUACUUUGAUACAAUGGACAUGGACUCUCCACUUUGUGUUAUAAUUCUUGUAAUGCUCUGCUUCACUAGGAGCGUCAAUGGUGUUUCACAAGUCAGUUGCCCUGUUUCUUGUUCCCAAUGUCCAUGCUUCACGGUGGGACCUUUUGAGUUCAAUAUUGAUGAAAACACUCCAGUAGGGACCAGCAUUGCCACCUUAACGGCUACCCCUGGCUCAAGUAUAACAUAUUCCAGUGAACUUUCAGUAUUUAAUAUGGACUCAGUAACUGGUGUUCUCUCAGUAGGAGAAUCACUCGAUUAUGAAACACAGAGUACUUACCAGUUUAGAGUAGAAGCAGAAGAAGAUACUUAUCAAGGUAGAAGAGAUAUUACAAUCACCAUUUUAAAUCGGAAUGAGUUUCCUCCACAGUGCUCUGAAGGCUUAGUUCAUUUCUCUGUCCUGGAAAAUCAAAAUAGUGCUUUCUUCCAGCUGCCGAAUUGUACUGAUGGUGACUUUUUGACGGCUCCUGUGUUCACAUAUUACAUAACCAACUUUAGCGAUGAUGUCUUCACUGUUGAUGAUAAUGGUUUGUUCAGCAUUUUGCAACCUUUGGAUUACGAAACUAGUGACUUUUACCAUCUCAGUAUUGUAGUUACGGAUUCUGAUAUACCACCUGGAUUUAUGAAUACUACAAUUAGGGCAAUAGUAACAGUACAACCUGAGAAUGAAUUUUCUCCAGUAUUUGCCGCUAGUCAAUUCACAAUUGAAGUGUCUGAAAAUACAACAAUUGGCUCCGUCAUUGGUAGAGUGAAUGCAACUGACAGUGACAGGGGAAGUGAUGGAAUGGUAGUCUAUACCAUAGCAAUAGGACAAACAGACGUAUUUGUAAUCAACGAAAAGACAGGUUGUCUAAUUUUAGCUCGUACAUUGGACUUCGAAACAGAUAUUUCCUACCAUUUCUCUGUAGUUGCAACCGACAAUUCAGCAGAUAUAAUGUCCAGACAGUCUGCCACAGCAGGUGUUACCAUCAGUGUUCUUGAUAGCAAUGACAACCCACCUGUGUUUACAUCACCAUUUUACCAUACGGAAGUGUCAGAGAACACUCAGCCCGGUACGUUAUUAACUCAACUCGCCUGUGCCGAUUUAGACUCAGGAAUAAACAAAGAACUUCUGUACUUCAUUACAUCUGGAAAUGAAGAGAGUCAUUUUAAUGUAGGCACCUCUAGUGGUAAUGUUACUCUAACCUCGAGCUUGGAUUACGAUAACCCUACAAACAGUGACUUUGUUGCUCUAACAAUCCAGUGUCAGGAAGUAGCAGCUCCGAAUCGCAUAUCAAGCACACAAUUACUGAUCAUUGUUACCAGCUACAACAUGUUCAAUCCUCAGCCUAAUAGUAUUGAGUUGACUGUUUCGGUCCCAGAAAAUGCAACACCUGGCACUUUAAUUGCAACUGUUGUGGCUAAUGAUCGAGACAGGGGACCAGGAGGAAUACUACGCUACUACAUCAAUAAGGAUUUAAUGCAAUCAUCGUCCUGCCGUUUUGAACACAUUGCUAUCGAUGAAACCUCAGGCAAUGUUUACUUGAUAUCUCCUCUUGAUUUUGAGAAAGGCGCGAAUGAAAUGUACUGUGUUGUGACCAUUUGGGAUUCUGGUUAUCCUGAGAAGGCGAGCAGAGUGGAUCUGUUUGUUUCUGUGACAGAUGUCAAUGACAAUAAACCAAAGUGUUUUCCUUCAGUCAGUGCUGUGUAUAUAGCAGAAGAUAGUAUGAUCGGCGGCGGCACUGUGUUCAGUCUGCCAUGCAACGAUACAGAUUCACCAAGCCUACAAUACACUAUAUUAUAUCCUUCGUUUCAACCUUUUGACAUAGACUCUACGGGAAGCUUGAUUCUUCAGUCACCUCUUGAUUAUGAAACAGAACCAUUUUACCUUCUCUCAAUUCAAGUCUCAGAUGGGAUUUUUGUAACCAAUGUUACUAUUAGAGUCAUUGUUGAACCUGUAAAUGAACACAUCCCCAUCUUUUCUCGGUCAGUCUACUAUUGUUCUGUGGAGGAGAACAGCUUGAUUGGUACAGUCCUGCCAUGUAACAUUGUUGCUUCAGAUCAAGAUAGCGGCAUGGAUGGGAAAGUUCAUUACAGGCUUCUAUCUUCAGGUCCAUUCUCAUUCAAUUAUGGAGAUGAACUGGUACUCACAGCAAACAUUGAUUUUGAAGACCAACACGAAUUUUUGCUUGAAAUUGAAGCAUUUGAUUUGGGAACUCCUUCUCUUAAUUCAACUACUACUGUUAAUGUUACCGUUGUAGACAAAAAUUACAAUCAUCCCAGAAUGCAACGAAUUCUGUCAGCAUCUAUUAGUGAGAAUUCAUUAAACGGUACCACAGUCACUAAUCUUACAUGUACAGAUUUGGAUCAAAGUUUAAAUGGAGAAACAGAAGUUGAGUUGUUGAACACAUUUCAAUUGACAAACAAUGAGUUUGUUGAUAUUACCAAUCUCCAGCGUUUUGGUAUCAAUGCGUCAAAAGUCUUUGUAUCUAGUGACUUCAACUUUGAAAUAUCCUCACAAUAUAAAAUUACUGUCAUUUGCAGUGACCAUGGUGUACCACGUCUUUUUACUACGAGCACACUCUUAGUUAAUAUUGAUCCAGAAAAUGAGUAUCCACCAGUUUUUAGUAAUCCUUCAUUAAGCAUUGCAGUAUCUGAAGGCACUAACAUUGGAACAGUGAUUGCAACAGUUACUGCUACUGAUCAAGAUUCUGGAGAACAUGGUCGAAUUAACUUUUCACUUCUUUCAACCACUGACGAACAGCUCCCUUUUGAUAUCAGCGAGAGCUUUGGUGAAAUCAUUCUAUGGAAUCCAUUAAAUUGUGAGCUAAAAGUCCAAUACACAUUCUAUGUAGUAGCUGAAGAUGGCGGUCUGCCUAGUUUAUCUUCUCAAUCUAUUUCCAUGAUCAACGUCACUAACUGCCAUUUGGGGAACGUAGUUCCAGACUAUUAUACUUACUCAAUGAAUGUGGUAGAGAAUACUGCAUUGGGAGAGGCUGUGGGUUCGAUAUCUUGCUCAUCGGCUAGAGUGAACGUUUCUACUGAUAUCAGACCAAUGUUUCGAUUCGUUAACAGCGAUUCAAGCAAUUUUCAGAUUGAUUCGACUAACGGUGAAAUCACAAUUGUAAAUUCUCCUGAUUUUGAGCUACAGAGUAAUUACAAAAUUGUUGUGGAAUGCUACGACCCAAACUAUACGAGUGUUGCAAGUAACGUCUCGGUUUUUAUCCGUGUUUUGCCUGUGAAUGAGUUCGUGCCUGAGUUUUCUGAUAACAAUAUCAGACUGAAUGUUACUGAGAACAGUCCAUAUGGCACACUAAUUUUUCAACUGCUUGCCAGUGAUCAAGAUCAUGGAUUAGAUGGCCAAGUAGAGUUCCUGAUAGCGAGUGAAGACAGUUUUAAAGCGAUUGUAAAUCAGCACACUGGAGAAGUGUAUCUCGCCACCAGCUUAGACAGAGAAACUACAAAUGAGAUAACGUUUACAGCGAUAGCACGAGAUUCAUCUGCCAAUGAAACAUUGAGAAAAUCUACCACCAUUUUAGUCACAAUAACAGUCAGAGACGAGAAUGACAACUGGCCCCAGUGUGCACCAAUAGUUCAUCACUUAGUUGUGUCCCCUCGGACAGAACCUCCAUAUGAAAUGGUAGGCACAUUCGCUUGUACGGAUAGUGACAUCAACGAAAACGCUCAGUUAAUGUACCAAUUUAGUGACGAUUUAGUCCCGGCAGAUUUAUUUGAACUACAGUCUGAUAGCCUCUACCUCACAGGCAAGCUAAAUACAAGUGGUCCAUCACAUUACUACCUUCCUAUAUCAGUUAGAGAUAGGGGCACUCCCUCACUAGCAUCGAACGUGUUGGUGAUUGUUGAUGUCCAAGAACCUGACGUGAUAGGUGCAGACAGCAGUGACCAUGCAGCACUUGUAGAAGUGGAGGGAUUGAAGAAUGCUGUUUGGAUUCAACUCAGAAACAUUUCUCUUGUGUUGUGGGAAAGUAUGAGUGCAGAGGAGAAGUUUCAAAAAGUAGUGGCUACAAGUGUGACUCAUUACUGCGCUCUACUGCCUGAGGCGUGUUCCCUUGCAUCUGGUUGCUCAGAAUUCUUUGGAACUUUACGAAAGAGAUCGAUCUCAGAAAGCUAUUUAAGGUUCAACGAGCUGAGUGUAGUGGUAUUAUCAGAUGACACAUUCCCUACCGGUGCCACUUCUCUGAACAUCCACUUCUAUGUCGUUCUACCAAUCGAAGGCAACAGAUCCCCAAACAGACAAACAAACUAUGUUGUUCCUGGAGCCACUUUGAAUUUGUUAGUUAGAGAAGAUAGACAGACGAUAGAAGCAGUUGUGCGAGACAGCGUAGCACAACAACAAGCAAUCGUUCAAGGUGUUCCAGAUUGGAUAAUCGGCACACUAGUUGUUUGUGGGGUGGUUGGGAUUGUUAUCUUUGCUAUAUUCGUCAUUCUUGUGUGUAAAGCUGUGAAGAAACAUCUCCAAAGAAAAAAAGUUGUUCUCCCAGGAGAUACCAGAAGUCAAGAAUCUGAAACUACAGUGAACUCAUCAAAGCGUCAAAGCUUCACCAGUAGUCUAUCAGGAGUUAGCAACCGAGCUACAUGUGAUGUCCCAAAUAAAUCUUGGAGCAUUAGUAAGCUGCAGCAGUUUGUCAGAGGGAGAAACGCUGAAUCAAGUUUUAGAGCAACAUUGUCUGAGCCGACUUCCAAAGGCGAUAGUAGAACAUCUUCUGUACUCAGCACAGGUGCAUUCUGUGAUGGUAACCACGGAAGCAGCAGUGUACCUAGUGUAUUUUUUGCUCCUACAACAACAGACUUUGAUGAUGAUGAUUUGUCAGAGAUUCUCCUGGAUGAUAACUAUCGACACAGCAGUGGAAGAACUUCGAUGGAGAACGUUCCCAGUCACACACAGCAAGGGAAUGCACCCAGAAAUCUUGUAACUAAAUUACUGAGUCGGAAAGGAGCAAAUUUAUCUCAUACACCUCCAAGGCCAUCAUUGAAGCAUCCGGUACCUAAGUGGAACUAAUCAUGACACUACGAGGAUACAUAGAAUCAAUUACAUGUAUUCACAAUAAUAUAAUUAUACUCAUAAUUUA